AGCCGAGCCCAGCCGAUUCGAACCGAACAGAGCCGAACCGAGAGCCCCGGCCCCGCCGGCGUUGCCUCAUGGCCGGGAAGAAACCGAUCGUGGUGGUCGGGGCGACCGGGGUCUGGGGGGGCUACAAGGCCCGGGCUCUGCUAGAAGAUGGGAUCUUGCAGGUCCACGCAAGGAGCCCCGUGAAGGAGUUGGAGGAGCUGAAGCAGAGGGGAGCUGAGGUUGUGAAGUUGGAUCAAGACGAUGAGCCAUCCCUGGAGCUGGCCGUGGAGGGUGCUUACAGAGCCUUUGUUGUAAGCAACUUCUGGGAGCACUGCAGCAAGGAUAAAGAAGUCGCACAGGGGAAGCAGCUUGCUGACCUGUCAAAGGGCCUCGGUCUGUGCCACGUCCUGCAGAGCAGCCCAGAGAACAUGAGGCAGCUGACGGCCCAGCUGGAGGUGCUCCACUCCGAGAGCAACAGCAUGGUGGAGGAAUGCUUCCAGGAAGUUGGUGUUCCCACCGUGACCAUCUGACUGCCAUUCUACUUUGAGGACUUCAUCUUUAAACCGCAGAAGGUCCUGUGGGGGUAACCUUUGUCCUGGGUAAGACAGCGCCUCUUGCUUUCUAGGUCACCAUCCUGUAGUUCUCAUCUGCUCCCACUGUGCAGAGGCUCACUGAGGGGCGGUGAAACCACCAGGGCUGCAGACUGAUGGGGAAGAGAGGCCUGUGCCACCCUGACCACAGCAAGUUGCAGCUGCAUCGGUGGGUGGCAGACAACAGGGCCGCCUUCUGACCCUUCUCUGCCUCCUCUGGCCGAGGUGAGUGGCACUGAGCUGCGCUGCCUUUGCACCAGCACCCUGGUGAAAGGCUGACCCUGCCAGAGCCUUGGUCCAUGCGCACGCUCCAGGGCUCUCUGUGACAGGGUUGGGACUGUUGAGACAGAGGAAGGGUUGUACAGCCACAGGCAGACAGGCAGGAGAAGCGCUGCCCUUGCACGCUAUCUUCAGGGAUGUGUUUGUUUAGUGACUCUGGGUGUUUUCCCAGGAUCACCCUCUUUCCUAGGCAGCUCUGAGCAAUGCAGCACCACUUGGCCCCAAAGGGCAGUGCUUUCUCUGCAGGUACCACAGCCUGCCCACAACUGGUGCAGGC